CAAAGCAGGGAGACUCGAGCCGGCUCCGUUUAGAGCGCGUUGAUUGGUUGGUUGUGAGCCGGAGAGAAAAGAACCGGUCUUUUCAUCUUAGCCUGUUGUAAUUGGCUGGUUGUGGAGGAGGAGGUGGGGCUAGGCUGUAUUUAGGUUGUUCUCAUUGGCUGGAUGUGAACCGGGGGCGGAGUGGACCGGUUGUGUUCUAUUUAAAUGGUUUUGGGAGCACAGACUGACGAACACAUGAGUGUAAGCGCGUGUCAGGAUCCGGCUGAGCACGUGGGCGUGUUUAGUUUAUUUUAUAGUAAAAUAAUCCGCGUUUUAUACACAGAUGCAGCGGACAUCAACGUGGAAAGCGUCACGUCUCCUUGGAUAUACCGUGUAGAAUGUUUUGGUUGUUGCUGUUGUUUUUUUGACUUUUGACUACCAAUGACCAUCAGGACAAUUCAUUGAUGAGAACGAAGGAGCAGAUGAGAGCAGAGUGAUCAGCGCACACUAGGCCCUGCAGACCUUUCUGUCAAUCGAAAGGUCUAACUGGAGCAGAGUGACGCCUGUUGCGUCCGGCUGUAAACAGUCCCACCAUUUCCUUCUUGUGUUGGUUUCCGUGAGCGUUUCAAAACUGUUUCUCCAACGCUUCUUCCAGAAACUCAGACUGUUUUCCAAAGCAGAAGCAGCACAGCCCUCCCAGACAGAGGUGAUGGGAAGUGUGCGGGCUAACCGCUACAGCAUUGUGUCAUCAGAGGAGGACGGCAUGAAGUUGGCCACUAUGGCGGUGCAGAACGGCUAUGGAAACGGGAAGAGCAAGGUGCACACUCGGCAUCAGCCCCAGAGCAGGUUCGUCAAGAAGGAUGGACACUGCAAUGUACAGUUCAUCAAUGUCAGUGAGAAGGGUCAGCGCUAUUUGGCUGACAUUUUUACCACUUGUGUGGACAUUCGCUGGCGCUGGAUGCUUAUCAUCUUCUGCUUGGCAUUCCUGCUCUCGUGGCUGUUCUUCGGAUGUAUCUUCUGGCUGGUGGCCAUCUUCCACGGAGACCUGGAAGGCAACAGCCCGAAAUGUGUGUCGAAUGUGAGCAGCUUUACUGCAGCUUUUCUUUUCUCCAUCGAGACGCAGACCACCAUUGGCUAUGGCUACCGCUAUGUGACAGAUGAGUGUCCCAUUGCCGUCUUCAUGGUGGUCUUUCAGAGCAUCGUGGGCUGCAUCAUUGAUGCUUUCAUCAUCGGUGCAGUCAUGGCCAAGAUGGCCAAGCCUAAGAAGCGAAACGAGACAUUGGUGUUCAGCCACAAUGCUACCGUGGCCAUGAGGGACAACAAGCUGUGUUUAAUGUGGAGGGUUGGCAACUUGCGCAAGAGCCAUCUGGUAGAGGCCCAUGUUCGGGCUCAGCUCCUUAGGUCCCGUACUACAGCAGAGGGGGAAUACAUCCCCCUGGACCAAAUAGACAUUGAUGUUGGAUUUGAUAGUGGCAUUGACCGUAUCUUCUUGGUUUCUCCAAUAACCAUCGUCCACGAGAUUGACGAGGACAGCCCAUUUUAUGACAUGAGCAAGCAGGAGCUAGACAGUUCAGAGUUUGAGAUUGUGGUGAUCUUGGAAGGUAUGGUGGAAGCAACAGCCAUGACAACUCAGUGCCGUAGCUCAUAUCUGGCCAGCGAGAUCCUCUGGGGCCACCGCUUUGAGCCAGUCCUGUUCGAGGAGAAGAACUACUACAAAGUGGACUAUUCGCGCUUUCACAAGACCUAUGAGGUGCCCAGCACCCCGCUGUGCAGCGCCAGGGACCUUGCAGAGAAAAAAUACAUCCUUUCCAAUUCCAAUUCCUUCUGUUACGAGAAUGAGGUGGUGCUUCCGAACAAAGAGGAGAAGGAGGAAGGAGACGGGGGUGGACUGGUGCCCACGAGCACACACACUGACACUGGCUCAGACUCUGACCACAAUCAAGCCAAUGUUCCCUUAGAGUCACGGCCACUGAGGCGAGAAUCAGAAAUAUGACUGUAUAGGCCUCCUGUGAAAAGUUUAGUAAUUGCCUGUUGAUCAAAUAGGCACAUUGAGCUGAACUGAGGUCCUGAGGGGAUGCAGACUUAAGCUGACGGUACAGCUGCAAGGAGAGGUUAAGAGAUGAACUGAACAAGAGCGUUCAUGAUGAAUAUAUCCAGUUUAUAAAGAGGCAUUGCACUGAAGAUGAGUGCACAUAAAGGGGUGGGUGGGUUUAUCCAGUUAUGCAACUCUACCUUUUAGACCAUUGCUCUCCGAUGGCACACAGUGGAGAGGAUGUAACUGCUAUGUAAAACUUGAAAAUAUCAGGCAUGUCUUCCUGUGCAUUUGUCCAGCAGUGGCCGAUUGAUACGAAUAGGCUAAAAAAAAGUGUUUUAGUGAUGCACGAAUGAUCUCAAAUCAUGUAUUGCGGUUUAUACGUAUAUGUUGUGGAGAAAAAACAAAACUCUUCCUGAGAAUAAUGUGUGCAUGUUUACCUUAAUUUAUGCGUAUUACAUAGCCAAGCAUCUCCGAUGUAGAAAAUCUUUACUUGCCAGAUAGGGCAGUAACCUCACGAAAGCUUUACACCUGUUCAGUACAGACAGAUGUAAGUAUAGAUAAAUACCUGUGCUUAUAGAGUCCUAUCAUGUCAUAUAGAUAUACAGAAGUCCAAUUUUUAACAUAAGAAUGAUGAACAUUGGCUAAUCUAUUAUUUAAUGUAUUACCGUUUCUACCAACUCUUGUUAGCAUGAUUCCAAAGGCCUCACCUGGGGUCAAAAGUAUCCCUGAAAUAGUCCUGUUGGGGACUUCUGAUUUAGAUGUGUGUGUGUGUGACCUGUGGCCACAAUACAAACAGUUUACUUGCUAUUAAUGUAACGAGUAGUUUGCUCUGCGUGGGUCAUUUGGGCUUAAUUGCAGGCUUGGCAGCAGGCUCAGGAGCUGGGGGAAAUGCAAGGAACAUGCCUGUUUACAGUGGUAACUCCCACAGGGUCAGACCGGUGUCAAAGCCAGACACAGCAGUCAUCCCAUCCACUGGGGAAGAGAGAGUGAGAAUGCGCUAAUGAAUGUUUUUCCAUACAUGCUGCUAUGUUGCAUCUUAUAAUAGGGUUCUGGAGAAGACUGAAAUAUUCUAAAGAGUAUUCUAAACAAGGCAUCAAAUUAUUUUAAAGAAAUUAGAUGUAGGACUAUAGUACAAAUUUUUUUUUAAUAUUUUGAUGGGAUUUUGGUUUUGUUUGUUCAUCAUUAAACAUGCUUAUUUUAUCAGAUAUUUUUUUCAUAUACAAAGCCAAAUGUUUUUAAAGGAAAAUAUCACAGAGAUCAUAAGAAAUAAGAAGGCUACAGGGUAGCCUCUUUGAAAAACUCCUUAUCCCCUAAACAUCAGUGUUAUUAUAUUAUAUUAUAUUAUAUUAUAUUAUAUUAUAUUAUAUUAUAUUAUUAGUGCUGCAUAAGUAAGUGUUCCAAGGUUGCUAGAAAUGUGUAGAUUUGCAUACAAGCAACUUGUAUGAAUUCAAAAUAUAUUUUUUUACAACAAAACCUAAAUGUUCAAUAUGUAAAACUGCACUGUAUUAUGGCCUUGAGAUUUAAGGUAGCUAAUCUUUGUAGAAUUGGAUAGAAACAGCACUGUUAUAGAUGUUCUUACCCCUACAGUGUUUAGUUUUUUUUUUUCAUGACAUUUUAGACAGCACUAAGGUCUAGCUUUACCUGAGGAACUGCAGUUCAACCCUAAUGGCUCAUUUACUACAUGCGCUGGGUCGUUGAAACCUGUAGGACUGAGUAAUUAGACCAAGAUUACGUCACCAGCACUGAGCUCAGGAUGGAUCAUGACCUGAGAUUUCAUGUUAUCAGCCGAUGUCAUGCUAACAAACCAGCCUCUCUCCAUGUCAGGAAGUUUUAUAGCAGAGCAAAUAUUCUCCAAUGCUCUCUAAAUGGAGAUAAUAAUAUUCAGAUCAACAAAUGGUUGCUUAAAAUAAAGCUUUACACUCAAAAAGCGUACAAAUCAACAAGAAUCGGUAUCUGCUUUUGUGUUAGCUUUGCGUUAGGUUGGGUAUUUUUUUACAUUUGUUUUUUUUUUAAUAUUAUUAUUAUUUCUGUGCAUUUAUCUGAAAAAAACAUCACUAGGUUAUUUGCCAGAAUCAAUAGGCCUGAUGAAUACUGACCUAUCAAACUGAAGAAGCCCUUCUCAAUGACUGAUGGUCUGUGUGCAGUUUCUCCUUGGUUUGUAAAUAUCCCAGUACUUUUUGCAGUCUGUUUUUUCUAUCAGUCUUCCUUGUACUGCAAAAAACAAUGGAAUGUACAGAUUUUUAUAUUAUGACUAAUAUUAUUGAAGUUAUUAUUAUUGUUGUAAUAAUUAUUGUACAUACUAUUUUAUUUCUGUUUUUCAAUAAAAUAUGAAUGAAGAAUUAAAGGAA